AUGGCGUCCGUCGACUUGUCUCUGGAGACUGCUGAAGCUGUGAAGAAAGCGUUCAAGAGGAAAUGCGAAGAAAAGAGGAUUGAGAAGCAAGCAACCGCGAACUGCACUGUAUGCGAAAAAACUGGACACGGUGCAGCCAACUGCGGAGACUACGAGAUCGACAUCAAGGAGAAGUUGGCCCGUCUAAAGAACAAGCAGCAGUGUGCCAGAUGCGGAGGCGGAUGCCCCAGACGCGGAAAAAGCAUCAUUGUCGGAAUGGCCGACACGGUGGCCGAUCAUCAUGAAACCGUCGUGGCGACCCUGGAUGUUCUGAGCAAGAAGCCCAGCUUCGGGCAGGCCCAG